AUGGCUUUUUCAAAAGCUCAAACCCCUAGUUCGAUAGACCCUUGUGUUUCACACAGUACCAUAAACAAUGCGUAUAGAAGCACUGGUUAUAAGCCAAGGGCCGGAAUAGAUCCGCUAAUUUGUGACGAUAAACUCCAAACUGGAUGGUAUCGCUUUAUAAACAAGGUUGGUGGGGAAAUGCCUGAGACGAAAAUAGCUUCCUAUCACUGUGGAACGUAUGCUCCAAUUUGGAUGAAGCCUCCUCAUCCGGCUACAGCAGAUGGUAUCGUCGAUAAAACAGCAUGUAUGAACUACAAUGGCAUGAAUAAUGGCUGCCUGACGCUUCCAAUUAAAGUAAAAAACUGCAACGAUCACUAUUUUGUCUACCAUCUCACGGCAACUUUUGGCUGCCCCACGGCAUAUUGCGCAGGGACAGCGCGACCAUGCCCAAGAGGUCAGUCUGGGCUAUGGCCAAACUGCACAGUUUCGACCCUUAAAGAUUUUCCAUUUGCCAAUGUACCAGUUCCAAACAUCAGCUACGUAGAUAACGGCGAACCUUCAAUAACUCUCAAAUGUUCUUUCAAUUUCCCAACUUGGAACAAUGUUUCUUUCAAGAUUCAAUGGUUUGAAAACGGCCAAGGCAAGCCACCUAAAACCAUUUGUGAAAAUCCAAAUGAAAGCAAGUGUGACAUAAGACACUCUGAACUAAGAAGUGCGGACUUCGAAGCUGGAUCCUGGCUAAGAUGCAACAUUAGUGCGAGAUACAACACAAACGAUAACAACAGAUGGACCAAUGCGGUAACGAGCCCCUUGUUUUUUGCGGGAAUCGAGAUCAGGCCUUCGUAUCUGAAUGUCACGCAAUGUGAUGUGGAGAAUGCUCUCAACAAAAUACAACUGCGACCAACACUUCCCAUUCGAGGCGGCGAACUUAAGGUCAAGUUUGGAACAUUGAAACAAGUGAGGAGCCCUUUGGCAAGCAAGUGCGAACUAAAACUAAAACCCGGUGACGAAGACAGAUGGCAUGAUGUAUCAAUUCAAGCAGUGUGUGACAACACAAACCAACCGUUAGCUCCGUCUGCGUUUACCUUUACAGUUACACAUACAGAUUACAGAGAUACUUUUUGGACCUUCUACGAACUCCCGCCCGUCGUGAUCACCAUGGUAGAGAAUCCUGUUAAAAUGUGCAUUGCUACAGGGGACCCUCAUUAUACUACUUUUGAUGGAAGAUAUUACCAUUUCUACAGGCCGGGAGAUUUCGUUCUGUACCGUAAUAAGGAACGAUAUUUUGAGAUUCAUACACGACUUUGGCAUUGUGGGCGAACUGUAACUUGCAACUGUGGAGUAGCUAUUAGAGAACUCCGCGACGUCAUUGUGCUCACCUCCUGCACUGAAGACUUACAAUACAACUAUGGGAUGCCAAUGAAAGUAUUAAUAACAAGUCCAGGUCGACUGAUGAGAGGUACACAGAUCCUUGUUCGACACCAUGGAAGCUAUAGCGAAUAUGUGGUUCGUCUUCCCUCUGGUGCAGUAGUAAGAAUGAAGCGGUACUCUUGGGGUAAUAAUGUUGAACUGGAAGCUCCCAAAUUUGAUGUCAACAAAACUGAGGGCAUGUGUGGAAACUUUGAUAACAACCCUUCUAAUGAUUUUGAUCAUGGAGGAGAUGAGCAACAGUAUUACACAGACGAUUCAUUUGGCGAGAGUUGGAGGGUGAAUAAAUCACAAAGUCUGUUUUACAAUGUGCCUCAAUGCAUUGGUGCAUGUCAAGACACUGAGGCUCAGCUGAAUAUGGAUCGUUGUUCAUGUGGACUAAAUGGCGGAGCACUGAACGUGACUUGCAAUCUUCAAAUAAUGCAGUUUAAGGGUAUAUCAAGUAAUGGAUUUACGGACCAAACAACCGAUUUUAAUAACGCAAAUCGAAAAAAAAGAGAUCUUAUUUACAGUGAUGACGUCAUAUACCUAUACGACAAUGAAAAAUCAGAUCAAACUGUGUACCAUAAACGCACUAAACGUAACGUGCCGGUCGGAAUGUCACCAGAGAAUGCAACGGAAUAUUGUAGGAAAAGAAUUCUGGAUAUUACUGCAACUAAAGUUUGCCUUGAACUUACCGGGAUCAAUGCAAGUAGUGCCAUACAGUCCUGUGCUGCAGAUUUACAAUUGACUGGCGACUUAAAUUGGGUGGAGUCAGCGUUCGAAAGUCUUAAAUCAACUUGUGAAUUCAAAGCUGUGAGUAAUUUCUCCGCCUAUGAAAAGGACGAAAAUGGAAAUUUUGUCCCACCCGUCGAAAUCUCCCAGAACUUGUGCCCAGGUGAUUGCAACUCUAAUGGAAACUGCACAAAUGGGACAUGCGUUUGUAACGAGGGGUUUAUUUCUGCUGAUUGUUCACUGAGAUUUGAUGAGAUUCCUCGACUGUUCAGGAUAUUAGAUCGAGGACUCUGCGACAUCCGCCAUCGACCCUGCAUCAGAACUAUUGUCUUCGGGGAAUACUUCGUGGAUUCCAAAAAUUUGACCUGUCACAUUAACGAGUAUAUGGUCGUGCCAGGAGCAUGGAUCCCUUCAAACGACACAAAAAGCCUUCAAGGAAGGCAAACUGACCUUUUUGCCGUUGAAUGUCAACUUCCCCCGCCUCCAAUAAAUAUGGGAAACUAUGACGUGGAAGGCACUCCAGCAGCAGGAUACCGAAUAGCUGUUUCCAAUGACAAGGCUCGUCACAGUCAAUUCUUGGAACUGAUUACCUUUGACUCUGUUUGCCAGGAAUGCAAUAUUUCGCACGGCUGUCUUCUCAAGAGAGAUUCAUGUUUGAUCAGAGGACACUGUUUCGCCGAGGAGGCACCUAACCCUAACGACUGGUGUCAACAGUGCAAUAUAUCGGUUAACCAGAUGAGUUGGACAAGACGAAUGAUUAAUUUUCCUCCCAACAUAACUACGCCGAGAAAGAGAUUUGCGCUCCUAGGAGAGAAUCUGCAUCUUCAACUGGAAGGGGAAGACCCUGAAAGCAGGCCUUUCGUGAUAUCGUUACUGGCUGGCAGUCCUGCGAAGGCAAAGAUUUCUGAUAAAGGUGUUCUGUUUUGGAAACCUGAAACACCUAAAACCGAGCUGUUCUUUUUAAAAGCCACAGACGAGUGUAACGCCUCAUCAACCUUUGACUUGACGAUAGAAAUCGUUGCCUGUCCUUGCACCAAUGAAGGGACAUGUAAACCGGACGUCAAUUAUCCAAGAGGUUCAGGGAUGUACUUUUGUGAAUGUCAGCCAGGCUACGAGGGACAAAGAUGCGAAAAGGAGAUCAACGAGUGUCUAUCGUCUCCGUGCAUUUACGGAAAUUGUAGUGACGCGGUGAAUAACUAUAGCUGUCAGUGUGAGCCGGGAUACACUGGCUACAACUGCAGCAUAGACAUCGACGAGUGUCAGUCAUCUCCUUGCAUACACGGUAACUGUUCCGACCUGGUAAAUAGCUUUAAGUGUACUUGUCAAUCGGGCUUCAUUGGUAUCCGAUGUGAAAUUAACAUUGAUGAUUGUCCACCUUCAUGUGGAAAUGGAACUUGCGUCGAUCUUUUGAACAACUACACUUGCCAAUGUAAUGCUGGCUUUGCGGGCCAACAUUGUGAUGUGAUCAUUCGAAAUUGCAGUGAAACGUCAUGCUUUCCAGGAGUUCGCUGUAUCCAAAAAACCAACACAAUAUUAUGUGAAUCUUGCCCGCGUGGAUUUAAUGGAGACGGAAAAAAUUGCGAAGAUAUUGACGAUUGUGCUAAUGUGACUUGCCGAAAUGGUGGGACCUGCGUUGAUGGAGUAAAUAAUUAUACUUGCUCUUGUCCAGUGGGAUACAAUGGGGAUUUUUGUGAAACAGAUAUUGAUGAUUGUGCUAAUGUGACUUGCCGAAAUGAUGGAACCUGCGUUGAUGGAGUAAAUAAUUAUACUUGCUCUUGUCCAGUGGGAUACAAUGGGGAUUUUUGUGAAACAGAUAUUGAUGAUUGUGCUAAUGUGACUUGCCGAAAUGGUGGGACCUGCGUUGAUGGAGCAAAUAAUUAUACAUGCUAUUGUCCAGUGGGAUACAAUGGGGAUUUUUGUGAAACAGAUAUUGACGAUUGUGCUAAUGUGAUUUGCCGAAAUGGUGGGACCUGCGUUGAUGGAGUAAAUAAUUUUAUUUGCUCUUGUCCAAUUGGAUACAGUGGGGUUUUUUGUGAAAAAGAGAUUCUCACUACCGUGGCAACGGAAGGAACAUCCUUGGAAAUUUUAUCCUCCACCACUAAACCAUCCACAGAAACGGUGCCGAAUGGAAAAAAGCCAGAUUUUACAUUUGAAGUUCGCGUUUUAAAGGAAUGGGACGACAAACUAAGGGACAAACACAGCGAAGCCUACAAACAAUUAUCCACUCUUCUUACGAAAGAGAUAUAUAAAGCAUACUCUGGUGUACCUGGUCUAAAAGAAGUCAAGAUAACUUCAAUAAGACGUGGAAGUAUUAUGGUAGAAUUCCAGCUGGUGUUUAGAUCAAGCAUCACUUCCGAAGAGGCUUUGGCGCCGUUGAAAAAGGUAACCGCCGACGGCAAACUUGGAAGUUUUAAGGUGGAUCCCUCCUCUCUCAAGCAAAAAACUCCCAGAACAGAAAACGGCGAUGAGGAAGGAGGAAAUUCCAACCUACCGAUAAUUGUUGGUAUAUCUUGUGGCUCUUUCGUUGUCCUUGCCCUACUUGCGAUUUUUGCUCUCUUCCGCUGCAAGCGACCCGGGCAGCGUCCUAUGAAAACUAAGAUCUCGGAUGGCUUGCCUGUGGACGUUGACUUUUCAAAAGCAGAGAACUACGAGCUGCGACAUAAAUUUACAUGCCACAAUGAACAAGUAGAAGAAAAAGGUCAAUGGAACGAAGGGAUGGAGUAGAAAAGCCAUCGAAAGAUGAGUGAAGGAAGAAAAAGAUGCUUUUCUUAAUUAUUGCAGUAUAUGAUGCCAAAGUAGAACUACCCUUGCUGAGCGUUUGUUUUGUAACUUGUGACGUGUGAAUUCACAGUUAGAAUCCUGUAUUGGUAUACUUAAGAAUGUUCAUUCUUUACCAUAGUAGGGAAGAUCCUCUAAUGAUGUAGGAAUUAUGAGCAAUAAUUAUUAUCUGUGCGUCAUGCCAUUUAUUUUCUCGUCCUCAGUCUAUAUCAGUAGAUGUAAAAAGAGGUUUGAUUGAAGCUGGACAUUUCACUACAGCAGCGCUAUUUGCAGUA